GAAAUGAUUCAGUCCACUGAGCCUGGGAGCACGCUUUACAGUGAUCCCACCCCAUCUCUGUCGGUGCUCCGCCCUUAAAUUGGGCAGCAUCAUGGCACCACGAUCCAUCAUCGCAUCGGCACUCCUCUCUGCAAAGCCAGCCAUCGGAGGAGAAGGAGAGCUUUUGGGCUUUUUGGGGGUGGGUGGUGCGCCAUGGGGGAGGUGAAGCACCUGUGCCUGGUGAGGUUCAAGGAGGGCGUCGUGGUGGAGGACGUCCUCAAAGGCAUGACCGACCUUGUCGCCCAGAUGGACAUGGUCAAAUCCUUCGAGUGGGGCCAGGACGUGCUGAAUCAGGAGAUGCUGACGCAGGGCUUCACGCACGUCUUCUCGCUCACCUUCGCCUCCGCCGACGACCUCACCACCUACAUGGGCCACGACAAGCACGCCGCGUUCGCCGCCACGUUCAUGGCCGCGCUCGAGAAGGUGGUCGUCAUCGACUUCCCCGUCGUCAUCGCCAAGCCACCGCCAUCGGCAUGAUCGACCUGCCACAGCAUCUGUCGGCCAUUGUACGGUGCCUUUUCAGGUAGCAGAUCAUCGUCUAUUUGCAACGGUGAUGUACUGCGUGUCUAAGUACGUAUGUACUAAGCUCCUUAUUACCACUUGUUCUGCUAUAUGUCCUGCACUCUAGGACGUCUAUUGUAGGCUGUAGCUGUAAGGCAAAGAUAUCUACACCGUACCGUACGUGCAGCACUCCGUGUUCAAGGCCCUAUUGGUUGGUUAACUUUGGAAUAAAUUUCGGUGAUCUUUCUGGUAGCA